GUCUACUGCACGAGAACUUGCACUUGAUCAUACUUUAUUUUGAGCCUCAUUUUUAGAGAAAGAACUGCUUUUAUGACAAGACGUAAUUUGGACCUUUGCGACCUCUGAUUACAACAUGGCUGCUCGAGUAGUAGCCACACUUUGCCGCCAAUGUCUUUCACUUUCCCCAAGAGUUCUAGCCAGAAGAACGAUUACAAGAUUGCCUCUCAGUCAGCAAAGGCCAAUCCUAGGAUAUGUAAGGUUAUUUGGGGGUUGUACUAAAGAGUGCUGUGCGGAAAAUCCGCCGAGAUGUUGGAAGUGUGAUGCAGAAUUAUCAACGUGUGGACAUUCCAAGUUUUUCUGUCGUGAAUGUGAAGUUAUCCAAGCCCCAGAAAAAGACGCCACUUAUUUUGAAUUAUUUAGCAGCCCAGAGACAUUUGAUAUCAAUACGACACAGCUAAGUGAUGUUUACAGACAGCUGCAAUUCAAACUGCAUCCAGACAGAUUCAGCAAGUGUACACAAGAGGAACAAAACCUGUCAGCCAUUCAGUCAUCACUAGUAAACAAGGCAUACAACACACUUCUAAAUCCUCUAAAGAGAGGGAUUUAUCUGUUAAGUAUCCAUGGCAUAUCCAUAGAAGAAGAAGAUUCACUCUCAAGCCAGGAGUUUUUGAUGGAGAUCAUGGAAAUCAAUGAACGGCUUGAGAGUGCAGCCAAAUUACAAACUCUACAAGAUAUUGAAACAGAAAUCAAAUUGUGCAUAAAGAAGAGCACAGAUGAAGUUGCACAUGCAUUUGAUGAAGGGAACUACAUUGCAGCCAAAGAUGCCCUCAUAAAGCUGAGAUACUACACCAAUAUAGAAAAACAGGCUAAAGAUAGAAAGAUGUCAAUGGAACUUUCAGGAGAACACUAAGGGUCUUUUUAAACAUAUUGUAAAUAUUCCUUACCUGGUUUACUGUAGAAUAAUGUAUAGGUUAGAUAGGGGUUAUAGUUCAAACACUAUAUCCCAUAAGCAGCAAUAGAGUGAAGUCACUAMACCCGUAGACUAAUACACAUUAUUCAAAUCCAACUAGUGAUCUAUCACCAAUUCUGCAUUCUGAUUGGAUGAGCUACUAGUCAAAGCCUACUAGUAGCGAAAAGU